CGUUGCCACACCCAAGCUGCAGAACACCGACAUCAACCGUUUAUCAAUUGAGCUUGUGCGUGACAAAGUCACAGCGAUCGUUCUUUCGCCGUGUGCACGCGCAGCAACCACCCGAAACCAUGCGCUCUAUGGCAGCAACGCGACAGCCCGGCGCUUGCAUCGGCUCAGCCCGGCGCGCGCCAGUGGCCGUGCCGGGCGUCCUGCUGCGGGCAGCUGCUGCCAGCCGGGCGUGCAGGACAGGCGCCGUGGCCGUGUCUGCGACCAUGAGAAACAGCCGCACCUCGGAGCUGCGACGCCUGCUGAAGGGUAACGACAUCCUGCUGGGCCCCUGCUGCCACGACGCGCUGUCCGCCAAGCUCAUCGAGCAGGCUGGCUUCCCCUACGCCUUCAUGAGCGGCUUCUGCACCGCCGGCGCGCGGCUGGGGGCGCCCGACACCGGCCUCAUCAGCUACGCGGAGAUGCUGGACACGGGCCGCAACAUCCACGAGGCCACCCACAGCAUGCCCAUCAUCGGCGACGGCGACACCGGGUACGGCAACGCCAUGAACGUGAAGCGCACCGUGCGGGGCUACGCGGGGGCGGGCUUUGCUGGCGUCCUGAUUGAGGACCAGGUUGCGCCUAAGAGCUGCGGCCACGUGCGCGGCAAGCGUGUGGUGGGCCGGGAGGAGGCUGUGUCGCGCAUCCGGGCGGCGGUGGACGCGCGCAACGAGGGAGCCGACAUCCUGAUUGUGGCGCGCACCGACGCGCGGCAGGCCGUGUCGCUCGAGGAGGCCCUGUGGCGCGCGGAGGCCUUCGCCGCCGCUGGCGCCGAUGUGCUGUUCAUCGACGCGCUGGAGAGUGAGGACGAGAUGCGUGCGUUCACACGUCUGGGCGGCGCGGCAGCUGGCGUGCCCAAGAUGGCCAACAUGCUGGAGGGCGGCGGCAAGACCCCGGUGCUGCCGCCCAGCACCCUGCAGGCCAUGGGCUUCAAGCUGGUGGCCUACCCGCUGUCGCUUCUGGGCGUGUCCAUUCGGGCCAUGCAGGACGCUCUGGAGGGCCUGCGCCGCGGCCGGGUGCCCUCCGUGGAGGCCCUGGGCACCUUUGCGGACAUCCAGGCGGCAGUGGGCUUCCCGGACUACUACGCGGAAGAGAAGCGCUACGCCAUCAGCAGCCCCACCUCCUCAGCCGCACCCGCCGCUGGGGCCGCGCACACCUCCGCGCCGCCGCCUCCCCCGCCGCCGCCGCCCUCUAGCAGCAGCAGCUACAGCUCCACGACCUCGUCGCGGACGCCGCCGGUGGUAGAGCCUGUCGUGGUGGAUGAGCCCGGCUCCUCUCCCUCGGCAUCAUGGCCGCUGCCAAAGGACGCCCCGCGUGCCUCCUCCUCCAGCUCCUCCUCUUCCUCGUCCUCCUCAACUUCCUACGGCUCCUCCUCCUACACCAGUUCGGUGCCCACCGCGCCCAAGGUCGCGCCAGCGGAGCAGCAGGCGGGCGGCAGCGGCGCCGGCGCCGGUGCCGACCCCAACUACCGCCGCAACAUGAGCCUGCGUGUGCGCAUCGCUGACGUGUCCACAGGCAUGGUGAAGCUGGAGACGCGCGUGCCGGCGGGCUUCCUGAACGGCCUCUCCGCACUGGUGCCCCAAGUCUCGGGCCUCAACAUCCAGUCCAUGUUGGAGCAGGCCAUGGGACCGGGCGGUGUGCUGCCGCAGCCGGGCCAGCCGCUGGUGAACCUCAACUCGGGUCGUGACAACAUCCAGAUCUUCAUCGAGUGAGCCAGAGUGGAGCAAGCGGCGGAGUUGGAACGUAGAUUAUUGUAGGGUGCUGUCAGUUACAUUGGGUAGGAGGCGCAGCGAAGCGAUGACUAUGCGUGUAUUGUACGGUACGGAACGCUAGGUAGGGUUGCGGCAACGCGAAGUACGGAAAGUGUGGGAUUGGUGGCAGGAUGGCUGAGUUGUUGAUAAUGGGCAGGCGUGGCUGACCUGACCGUGUGGUGGAAGCUCCUACGGCUUCCUUGGACCCUUAAGGGCUGGAGGUGUUACCAACGCUGAGCGCGCCAGCGGGAGAUUGUACAGCCAAGCCAGCCGGAUGUAAACACACAAUGCAGCUGUUGUUGAGGACUGCGACGUUCCCCAAGUGCCAAGUGCCCCAGAUAUGUAAUUGAUGAAGAUU